AUGUCCAACACCACUUCUACACCUCUCCCUCCCAUUGUCACUACUCCGUCCUCUAAUCGCCAAUCUGGUAACUGGCCCAACUCGAUCCUCAAUCCUCAGUCCCGCCGUCAUCUUUCUACUACCAACCCCAUCUUUGGUUCGGCCCGCAGCGUCCCAGUCCCUGCCAACCCUGUCACCAUGUCUCCGUCACCUCCUCUACGCUCACCGGCUUCGGGCCCUUCCUCCGACGAGUACACCCCUCAGCGAGGUCGCAGCGAGUCCCGCUCUUCUUCGCUCCCGCCCAAUAUUCAUGCCACCACCAGCUCCGACGGAAGCCCCCCUGCUGACUCGCAUGACCGCCGCAGCGUCAAGCACUUGACUUGUUUCUGGUGGAAGGAGAAAGGCUCCUGCAAGUACUCUGAAGAAGAAUGCCUAUACGCUCACUCUGACACCGGCCGCUACACUGACCCUCCCCGCCAGCUCCACCCCGAUGAGCCUGCCAAAGCUGGUCGCAACCUGGCUCGAGCCCUCGGCGACCUCAACCUUCGCGGUCAUCGAUCCAGCAGCUCGUUGAUCAACACUCCCACCACCUCCCGACCCACCACUCCCGUCGCUGCCUACGGCGCUCGUCCUCUCACUCCAUCAAUGAUUUCCCUAUAUCAGGCCCCUCCCACGUUCGAUCUCGAUGCCCCGGCUCUUAGAGCCGAACUGGCUUUGUACCGCAACAUUAUCGAGACCGCCACCCAGGAGAAGCAACUGAUGAUCGACCUGAUUCACGACCUCAAAGACAACAUUGCCGAAUCCAAGACUACUAUCACUCAGCUCAAGCAAGAGAAGGAUGGCCUUGCCCGUGAGAACCAAGCCCUCAAAGCUGCAACGGUCUAUCAAGCUUCUUCCAAUCCCUUCGGCGCCAUUGGCACCAGCACCUCUGGUCUUGGUCACGGCCUAGGAGGUACUUUCGUUGGCCAAAUGGGUCAAUCUAUCCCUGCCUGGGCUCCGGCACACAGUUCGACUACGCCAGCACGCCCGGAUACCCCCAACACCAACCCUUCCGAUGAUGGCGAGUAUGAGGCCGUGCGUUCUCUCCGCAGCCGCGGCCCAGGCUAUUAG